CCAGCUGCCUCCUGCGCCAUGGGGCCGCCGGCCACCUCCAGCCACCCGGGGCGCUCCCGGUGGAACCCCCGGCGGGGCUUCCUUCCACUCGUCCUGGCCCUCUUCGUGGGCAUGGGCCAUGCCCAGAGGGACCCGGUGGGGAGAUACGAGCCGUCUGGCAGGGACGCGAACCGGCUGCGGCGCCCUGCGGUUAGCCACCCGGCCGCCGCUAACCCAGCCAAGGUGUACAGCCUGUUCCGCGAGCAGGACCCGCCCGUCCCGGGCUUGCCGCCCGCGGAGCGGACCCCGCCGGGCUGGGGGAGCCCCAGGAGGCCAGCCGAGGCGGAGGCCAGGAGGCCGCCCCGCGCGCAGCAGCCGCGCCGAGUCCAGCCACCUGCGCAGAACCGGAGAAACAGCGCCCUGGGCCAGCCGCAGCCCGCACCUUGGGCCCGGGCCGCGCCGGCUCUCUCGCGCAUCCGGACCCCGCAACGGCCCGGGGCCGCUCCGCGAGGGCGGCUCACCGGGAGGAACGUCUGCGGGGGACAGUGCUGCCCGGGAUGGACACGCGCGAACAGCACCAACCACUGUCUCAAACCCGUGUGCCAGCCACCGUGCCAGAACCGGGGCUCCUGCAGCCGGCCCCAGCUCUGCGUCUGCCGCUCGGGCUUCCGCGGAGCCCGCUGCGAGGAGGUCAUUCCCGAGGAAGAGUUUGACCCGCAGAACUCCCGGCCUGCACCGCGGCGCUCCGCCGAGGGCGCCCCGAACCUGCGCAGGAGCAGCGCGCCCAGAGAACAGCCGGAGGUCAGAGCCCAGCCGCUCGCACCACAGCUGCCGCCAGCCAGGACCCUGAGUGGGCUCAGCCAGACCAGGCCCCCCCAGCAGCACACGGGGCUCUCCCGGACCGUCCGACGUUACCCAGCCGCUGCUGCCAGCGGCCAGCUGACUUCCAACGCCCUGCCUGUGGCCGCUGGCCUGGAGCCGAGGGCUGGCGCCCCGCAGGCUGCAUUCCCCUGGGGGCUGAACCUCACGGAGAAAAUCAAGAAGAUCAAGAUCGUCUUCACGCCCACCAUCUGCAAGCAGACCUGUGCCCGCGGGCACUGUGCCAACAGCUGUGAGCGGGGUGAUACCACCACCCUGUACAGCCAGGGGGGCCAUGGGCAUGACCCCCAGUCCGGCUUCCGCAUCUAUUUCUGCCAGAUUCCCUGCCUGAACGGAGGCCGCUGCAUCGGCAGGGACGAAUGCUGGUGCCCCUCCAACUCCACCGGAAAGUUCUGCCACCUGCCCAUCCCGCAGCUGGACAGGGAGCCCCCGGAGCGGGGCUCUCGCCGCGGGGCCCUGCUGGAAGGCCCCCUGAAGCAGUCCACCUUCACCUUGCCUCUCUCCAACCAGCUCGCCUCUGUGAACCCCUCGCUGGUGAGGGUGCACAUUCACCACCCACCCGAGGCCUCCGUGCAGGUCCACCAGGUGGCCCGGGUGCGGCCCGAGACCGAGAGAGCCCCGGAUGACAACAGCGUGGAUACACGGCCCCCUGCCCAGCCUCCCGCCAGCUCCGGCCGCGGUCACUGGGACAGGAACACCAUCCCGGCUCAGUCAGGAGAGCCCCCCCGGCCGCCACCCCCGGCAGUGCUCAGGCCUCAGGGACUGCUGGGCCGGUGUUACCUGAGCACCGUGAACGGACAGUGUGCCAACCCCCUGCUGGAGCUGACCACCCAAGAGGACUGCUGUGGCAGCGUGGGGGCCUUCUGGGGGGUGACCUCAUGUGUCCCCUGCCCGCCUAGACCAGCCUCCCCGGUGAUUGCUAAUGGUCAGCUGGAGUGUCCCCUGGGGUAUAAGAGGCUGAACAUGACUCACUGCCAAGAUGUCAACGAGUGCCUGGCCCUGGGGCUGUGCCAGGACUCGGAGUGCGUGAACACCAGGGGCAGCUACCUGUGCACCUGCAAACCCGGCCUCAUGCUGGACCCGUCGCGGAGCCGCUGCGUGUCGGACAAGGCUGUGUCCAUGCAGCAGGGCCUGUGCUACCGGUCACUGGGAUCUGGCACCUGCACCCUGCCCCUGGCCCAGCAGAUCACCAAGCAGAUAUGCUGCUGCAGCCGCGUGGGCAAAGCCUGGGGCAGCGAGUGUGAGAAAUGCCCCCUGCCUGGCACAGAGGCCUUCAGGGAGAUCUGUCCGGCUGGCCAUGGCUACACCUACUCCAGCUCAGACAUUCGCCUGUCCAUGAGGAAGGCCGAGGAGGAGGAGUUGGCCAGGCCCUCGAGGGAGCAGGAACAGAAGAGCAGCGGGCCUCUGCCUGGGCCGGUGGAGAGGCAGCCACUCCGGGCAGCCACCGACACCUGGCUCGAGGCUACGAGCCUCCCUGACAAGGGUGCCUCCCCGGCGGCCGGCCAGGUCACAACCAGUGUUGCCCACCUACCUGCCUGGGUCCCAGAGGACGCCACCGGAAGACCAACGCCACCACUGCCUGCACGGAAGAUUGCAGAGCCCCAGGAAGAGGAACAAGUGACCCCUUCAGCCGCUGUGCCUGUGACCACAGGCCCCCCAGGCAUUGACAGGUGUGCUGCUGGAGCCGCCACCCUCUGUGGCCCUGGAACCUGCGUGAACCUCCCGGAAGGCUACACGUGUGUCUGCAGCCCCGGCUACCGGUUGCACCCCAGCCAGGCCUACUGCACAGAUGACAACGAGUGUCUGAGGGACCCGUGUGCAGGAAGAGGGCGCUGUGUCAACAGCGUGGGCUCCUACAGCUGCUUCUGCUACCCCGGCUACACGCUGGCCACCGAGGGGGCGCCACAGCAGUGUCAAGAUGUGGACGAAUGUGCGCAGCCCGGAGUGUGCAGCGGGGGGCAGUGCACCAACACGGAGGGCUCGUACCACUGCCAGUGUGCCCGGGGCUAUGUCAUGGUGAGGAAGGGGCACUGCCAAGAUAUUGACGAGUGCCGUCACCCUGGCACCUGCCCCGACGGGAGAUGCGUCAACUCCCCCGGCUCCUACACUUGCCUGGCCUGUGAGGAGGGCUACAGGGGCCAGAGCGGGAGCUGUGUAGAUGUGAACGAGUGUCUGACCCCCGGGCUGUGUGCCCAUGGAAAGUGCAUCAACCUGGAAGGCUCCUUCAGAUGCUCCUGUGAGCAGGGCUAUGAGGCCACCUCCGACGAGAAGGGCUGCCAAGACGUGGACGAGUGUGCCAGCCGAGCCUCGUGCCCCACGGGCCUCUGCCUCAAUACCCAGGGCUCCUUCACCUGCUUGGCCUGCGAGAGUGGGUACUGGCUGAAUGAAGACGGCACCGCCUGCGAAGACCUGGACGAGUGCAGCUUCCCAGGGAUGUGCCCCACGGGGGUCUGCACCAACACGGUGGGCUCCUUCUCCUGCAAGGACUGCGAUGCUGGUUACCAUCCCAGCCCCCUGGGCCGCACCUGCGAGGAUGUGGAUGAGUGCGAAGACGCCCAGAGCAUCUGCCUAGGAGGCGAGUGCAGGAACACGGAGGGCUCCUAUCAGUGCCUGUGUCCCCAGGGCUUCCAGCUGGCCAAUGGCACCGUGUGUGAGGAUGUGGACGAGUGCCGUGAGGAGGAGCACUGUGCGCCCCAUGGCGAGUGCCUCAACAGCCCCGGGGCCUUCUUCUGCCUCUGUGCGCCUGGCUUUGCCAGCACCGAGGGAGGCACCAGCUGCCAGGACGUGGACGAAUGUGCAGGCGCAGACCUGUGUCCGAGAGGGCGCUGUGUCAACACGGAUGGCUCCUUCAGCUGCCUGUGUGAGCCUGGCUUCCGGCCCUCCCCCGACAGUGGGCAGUGCAUGGAUAUCAAUGAGUGUGAUGAGCACGAAGAGCCAGUGUGCAAGGCUGGGAAGUGUGAGAACAGCCUUGGCUCCUUCCGCUGCGUCCUGAGCUGCCAGCCCGGCUUCCACAGGGCCCCGACCGGAGACUGCAUUGACAUAGACGAGUGCGCCAAUGACACCCUGUGUGGCAGUCACGGCUUCUGUGACAACACCGACGGCUCCUUCCGCUGCCUCUGUGACCAGGGCUUCGAGACCUCGCCCUCAGGCUCGGACUGCAUUGACGUGAACGAGUGUGAGCUCAUGCUGGCCGUGUGUGGGGCCGCGCUCUGCGAGAACGUGGAGGGCUCCUUCCUGUGCCUCUGCGCCAGUGACCUGGAGGAGUACGACGCCCAGGAGGGGCACUGCCGCCCGCGGGGGGCUGCAGGUCAGCACAUCCCCGAGGCCCCGACAGGGCACCACCCCGCAGGCCCCAUCCGCAUGGCAUGCUACUCCGGGCAGGACGGCCACCCAGCCUGCUCCAACCUCCUGGGCCGGAACACCACGCAGGCCGAGUGCUGCUGCACCCAGGGCACGGGCUGGGGAGACACCUGUGACCCCUGCCCGUCCGAGGACUCGGCGGACUUCAGCAAGCUGUGCCCUAGUGGGAGAGGCUACAUCCCUGUGGAAGAGGCCUGGACGUUUGGGGAGACCAUGUACACAGACGCCAACGAGUGUGUGAUGUUCGGGUCCGCCCUCUGUCCCAACGGCCGCUGCCUCAACACGGUGCCCGGCUACAUCUGCCUGUGUGACCCUGGCUACCACUAUGACGCCUCCCGCAGGAAGUGCCAGGAUCACGACGAGUGUGGGGACGUAGCCUGCGAGGAUGGCGAGUGUGUGAACACGGAAGGCUCCUUCCACUGCUUCUGCAGCCCGCCCCUCACCCUGGACCUGAGCGGGCAGCGCUGCGUGAACAGCACGGGCGGCCUGGAGGACCUCCUGGACCACGACAUCCACAUGGACAUCUGCUGGAACAAAGUCACCAACGACGUGUGCAGCCAGCCCCUGCGCGGCCGCCACACCACCUACACGGAGUGCUGCUGCCAGGACGGCGAGGCCUGGAGCCGGCAGUGCGCUCUGUGCCCCCCCAGGAGCUCUGAGGUCUAUGCUCAGCUGUGCAACGUGGCCCGGAUCGAGGCGGAGCGGGAGGCUGGGGUCCAUUUCCGGCCAGGCUAUGAGUACGGCCCUGGCCUCGACGACCUGCACUACGGCCUCUAUGGCCCAGACACAGCCCCCUUCUACAACUACCUGGGCCUCGAGGACGCCAUCCCUGAGCCCCGCUUCCCCAACGCGGCCAGCCACCCAGGAGACCGCACCCCAGUCCUGGAGGCUCCGCUGCAGCCCUCAGAGCUCCAGCCCCGCUACGUGGCCAGCCAGUCAGAGCCCCAGGCGGGCUUCGAAGGGCUUCAGGCUGAGGAGUGUGGCAUCCUGAACGGCUGUGAGAACGGCCGCUGUGUGCGCGUUCGGGAAGGCUACACCUGCGACUGCUUUGAGGGCUUCCAGCUGGAUGCGGCGCACAUGGCCUGCGUGGACGUGAAUGAGUGUGACGACCUGAACGGGCCUGCUGCGCUCUGUGGCCACGGCCACUGCGAGAACACAGAGGGCUCCUACCGCUGCCACUGCUCCCCAGGUUACGUGGCUGAGGCAGGCCCCCCACACUGCGCUGCCAAGGAGUAGCAGUGAGGGGCCCGUGUGGGCAGCUACAGGUCGGGGCCCCGAGGAAGCUUUCCCAGCUGGGACGACACUGUGAUGUCAGGCCAGGGCCCAGCAGCCCAUCUCCCAGCCAGGCUCGCCAGCUUUCUUCUCUCCCAGCCUGGGCUCUGGCUGCGUGCUUCCAUCACUGCCUCCCUGCUGCCGCCGUGCCCUGCUUGGCUCAAACACCACUUCAGCUUCAGCCACUGGCCACGAGGCCCGAGCACCACCUGUCCUGGCCCUGUUCCGGGAUGCUUACCAAAGGAUGGCCCUCAUCCACUGCAAGUUGUGGAGAUGUGCAAGGACCUGUGGCCUCACGCUGUAGACAUCUCCGCCCAGCCAUGAUCCGGGUACCACAUGGGUGGUCCCACAGCUGCCGUGGGACGGUCCUUCAGAAUCAACAGGACAAGAAGGGUCUGGGGACGUCUGAGGGCUGACUCCAAUGUCCCCGCCCAAGGAUCAUCACCACCACUCAGCCAGUCUGGGCGAGGUCCUGCCACCUCUCCUUCCUGUAGCUGGUUCUGUGUCGCAGAGAGACAGAGGAUCCCCUCGUCUCAGGACAACUGGUAUUAGCUUGCUGAGCCUAAGGGACACAGAUGAAGACGAGCAAGAGCCUGAGGAAGCUGUGCGAGGCAAGGGGAGGAGACAAGAAACAGAGAGCCAGGACUUCGUACAGGCCUGAAGAGACUCGGUCGCUUCAGGUAAACAUUCAAAAUCCACGCAGGAACAGCCCGCGUGCCCAGCAGCCAGGGCUACUGCAAGCCGGUACCCAUCUCCAAAGACCGCUAUCAAACACACACUGCCUCCUACAGGAAACCAGUCUUCCGGGCUCUCCCUCCGUGAACACCGGCUUGAUGUGCUGACGAUAAAAAGGUCUAUUUUCUGGCACGGCUGGGUUCAGGGGAAGCCACAUUUCCAGCGCUGCUUGCCCCCUCGGAACGUGGCCGGCUGGUGUCCCUCUCCAUUCACAAGCGGAGACCACUCCCCGCCUAGGCUAGCCGGGAGCUCAGAACCAUGGUGGAAUAAACAAGUGCACAGCUGGGCUCUCUUGGUCUCGUGUUCACUUUACGUUAGGCCACUUCUCUUGUAUGUACUACGUUGGCUACGUCUCAGUGUUAGAGACGAGGCUGGCCCGCCCUGUGCUGGCCCUGCCUGCUGAUGGCCUGUGAUGGGUUCCACCAGGGAGGGAUCUCUGCUGUUGCAAGCCGGGAAGCUCUCACGACAUCGCUCUGAUGACUGGCAAAGUAGAUGGACGAGGCCUGUGUGACUGGGGACAAAGAGACGACUACGACUGCCACUCUCUCCUAAUGUGUCCUGUCCUGCCUGCUGCUCUGAUCAUCAGCCAUCAGAUAAUAACUUAUUGAACGCCUGCCGUGCGCCGUACACUAUGCCGAGUGCUGUACAGAAAUUCCCUCACUUAUGCAACAAUCCUACUGUUCUCAUUCCCAGUGUACAGGUGAGGCAACCAAGGCCCAGAAGCCUUGAAUAAUUUGCCCUAGGUCAUUAUCUGUGUUGAAAUGUUCUCAGUAGACAAAAAUAAAUGGCUCUUAAACACAUUAACUACUAUUUCAUUCCUAAUAAAAGACAUGCAACAUGAAACCACACUGAGAUCAUCUGUUUUAAUUGUGAGAUUAGUUUGUGGAGAUUCCUGGAUGGUAGCAUCCAGGCAAACAGGCACCCACCGCAGCUGGCACAAGAAACUGCACCUCCGAGGAGGGCGCCGGAGCACGGUCUUUCAAAACCGUGAACACACUACUCUUCAUUCCGUAAUCCUUCUAGGAAUCUUGACCUUCAGAUGUAUUCUCAUCAACUGUGACAUAACAUGUAGGUUACUUAUUACAGCAUCAGUUCCAAUAGUGAGAGAUUAGAAACACUUCAUGGCCAUUAAGCCUUUAAAGAAAAGUGACUUUCAAUGCCUCGUUAAGAAAACUAUCCAAAAUAGACCACGGGAGAGAGGGAGGGAGGGGUUCGAGUGUCACAGUGUGCAACAUGUCACUGUGUACUUGUCUCAAGAAAGGGGCAGAAGUGGACAGCUGCUGCCUCCCUCCUGCUGCUCCGCCCACACCUGGCGCUCAGAGGACUUCUCACCCGUGCCCAGACGCACCCUGCUGACGCUGUGCCCUCAAGAGUGCUCCCACUGACGCCCCACAAACCCUCCACCCUCCCCUUCCUGUCACCGACGUCCCACAAAACCCUCCCCUCCCCUUCCUGUCUCUCCAGAAACCGCACGCGUCCACACACACUUCCUACCGCAAACACCACGGGUCACUCUGUGCUUACACACCAUGCCCUGCCUCGUUCUGCGCCUACACUUCACUGAUGGGUAUCGGGAAUGUGUGUCAACAGUCCCGAGCCGGUUCCCAUUUGUCCUGUCUUUUGCUAUCAUAAAGGCGGUAAUGCACAUUCUUGUGUGUGUUAUUUCACAUUCUACCUGUCGCAUAAAUUCCUAGGAGCAGUGGUGGUUUUGAGGGAGGGUUAAUAGGGUGGCUAGGUACAGGACUUGCAGAUUUCACUGUAUCCCUGUUUUAUUCGUUUGUUUUUUAAAUGUGUACCAUAUAUAUUACCUAUUCAAAAAA